CUUCCCAACUGUUUACACAGCCCGGCCUGUGAGUGAGUGAGUGUGUGUGUGUGUGUGUGUGUAUACAGCGUGAGUCACCGGGAGGCGGAGGAGGUGGAGGAAAAGGAGGAGAGGAGUGCCCUGGCCGGGAUCAGUGCGGCUCACACACUCACUCACACUCAGUCACUCUCUCCGAGCGCGUCUCGCUCGCUCACACGCCCCGAGCCCAGCAGCGCGCACGAUCCCGCGCGCCGCCGAAAAGUUCCUCUGGCUUUUUUUUUUUUUUUUUUUGCACGAGACUAAUUGCUUUGGGAAGUGCAUUUGCUCCGUGCCACCGCCGAGCCUGUGGAUCCCGUCCUCGCUGCUCCGGCCCCUGGGAACGCUGACCGUGUUCACCUCCCGGAUCGGAUCGUCGGCUGCCUGGGCAACAAUAGCCUCCCCUAACGCGAAGCGCUCGGCACUGGAACCCGCGGGGGUCCGGGGACCCAAGCCGGGUUCCGACCCCCGGACGUGCGGCCGGUGUGCUUCCCGCGUGCAAAGCCAGCGCUCACGAGCGACUCCCGUUUCGUUCCUUUUGGGGGACCGCUCCGAGCCCGGUGUGCAGACUCCAUCCUGCGGGCUGGAAGGAGUCGGAGCGCCGGCGCCCAGGACGAAGGAUCUUCCCGCGCGGAUCCGGAGACGUACAAAGCCGGGGCUGCCUCGGCCGGGGACGCGAUGAGGGUUGGUCCCGUGCGUUUUGCCUUGAGCGGUGCCUCGCAACCCCGCGGACCGGCCCUAAUGCUCCCAGCCGCCCGCGGCACCCCGGCCAAACGCCUGCUGGACGCUGACGAUGCGGCGGCCGUGGCGGCCAAGUGCCCGCGCCUCACCGAGUGCUCCAACCCCCCGGACUACCUCAGCCCCCCGGGCUCGCCUUGCAGCCCGCAGCCCCUGGCCGCCGCGUCGUCGGGGACCGGCGGCAGCUGCGGGAGCGCACCCGGGCCCAGCCGCAUCGCCGACUACCUGCUGCUGCCCCUGGCCGAGCGCGACCAUGUGUCCCGGGCGCUGUGCAUCCACACCGGUCGCGAACUGCGCUGCAAGGUGUUUCCCAUUAAACACUACCAGGACAAGAUCAGGCCUUACAUCCAGCUGCCCUCGCACAGAAACAUCACUGGCAUUGUGGAAGUGAUCCUUGGGGAAACCAAGGCCUAUGUCUUCUCUGAAAAGGACUUUGGGGACAUGCACUCCUAUGUACGAAGUCGCAAGAGGCUGCGGGAAGAGGAGGCCGCCCGGCUCUUCAAGCAGAUUGUCUCCGCCGUUGCCCAUUGCCACCAGUCGGCCAUUGUGCUGGGGGACCUGAAGCUUAGGAAAUUCGUCUUCUCCACAGAGGAGAGAACCCAGCUCAGACUGGAGAGUCUGGAAGAUACUCACAUAAUCAAAGGUGAAGACGACGCUUUGUCUGACAAACAUGGCUGCCCAGCCUACGUGAGCCCUGAGAUCCUCAACACCACUGGUACCUACUCUGGCAAGGCAGCGGACGUUUGGAGCCUCGGGGUGAUGCUCUACACCCUUUUGGUGGGACGAUACCCCUUCCAUGACUCAGACCCGAGUGCCCUCUUCUCCAAAAUCCGCCGUGGACAGUUUUGCAUUCCCGAGCACAUCUCCCCCAAAGCCAGGUGUCUCAUCCGCAGUCUCCUGAGACGGGAGCCUGCCGAGAGACUUACUGCUCCCGAAAUCUUACUCCAUCCUUGGUUCGAGUCUGUCUUGGAACCUGGCUAUGUCGACUCAGAAAUAGGAACUUCAGACCAGAUUGUUCCCGAGUACCAGGAGGACUGUGACAUUAGUUCCUUCUUCUGCUAAUCCCAAAAACCUCAGAAACCUCAUGAUUCUCACACAUGGCAUUUCCAUUUCUAAAGAUGGACAGGCCCUCUGGCACAGCGUCAGCCGGAUCCACGGCUGCAGCACAGCAUGAGUGACUUGAUUUGAGCAGCAUCGGAUUACGCACGGAUCGGCUGCUCUGCAGAUCGUCCCCUUCUUAAUGAACUGUCAUAGGCUAUCCCUUUGUCACAUCUGAAGGGUGGCUCACCUUUUGAAGCUAGCGGAGCGGACCGACAUCCUAAGCCACGUGGUUAAGGGAAGUGAACUUGAACAUUAGCGUGGGAAAGGAGACAUAUCGCACAAUGUCAUUUUGGGGCAAUAACAUUAUUUCAAUGGAGUGACAAAUAAUUUGGGCCUGUAAACCUGCCAUCUUUGAACUCGUCUUUGGUAGUAGCCAGACAUGCUGCCGCAGUUUCUCUGACUAGCAAGUUAUUUUUUGUUUAUUUUUUAACCUAACACUCAUCCUUUCUCUACACUCAUUACGUGCCCAUGGCUCUCUGCUGUUGGAGUAGAUUGGUUCAGAAGCUCAGGAGCAUGCCUGGACUCUGAACCUAGGUUCUCCUCCAUAUUCUGUCAAGACCUCAUAUGCAGUUAUGCCCACCCCCCCAACCUCGAAACCUGCACCCUGCAGCUAGGAAAGCACUUACCAACUGAUCGUGGAAAUGUAUUAAGAGAUUACAACUCCUGGCUGUUUUAGACCUCUGAGCUCAAACAGACUGCAGUUAAAAAGAAAUUGGUCACUUGGAAACCUUUAGCUUUUUAGGCUCCCCUCAUGUACGUUAGGACUCAGACUUGGACCUUCUCCCCCUAAGACCAUCUCACAGUGGAACAUUUUGUCUAAGAGGAGGAAGGUGAGGAAACUUCCACCCGUGCUCUCCCAGGAGCAAAUCAAACAUCUUUGUGCUUAGAAGCAAGUAAACUAGGGCAUUCUCAGAAGAUCCUCAGACUAACUUCCGGGAUACUGGAUCCCCUCCCCCACGGGCACGGUGUGCCUCUGGCAUCUUGGGUGUACAGUUUUGCAUGGUGGGUUCUUGGUAUUUCACAUGCCAUGUGGUUUAUGAAACCAUCUGCUGUAGCCGCUUCUGGAGUGACAAGAGUGAACCUCAACUACUUAGCCGGGAGGGACUUUCAAACUCACCAACUUUUUGCUGCCUGCCAGAAACCUCCGCUUCACCUUUUGGCCUCUGCUUGUACGCUUUUGGAGACAGAAACUCACUCCCUACAAAAGAUAACCCUUCUCAGAGAAACUGCAAGUUGCAUUAAAAAAAAAUAAAAUAGAAACCAAGGACCCAUGAAAUUGCACGCGCUGUGGGACAGUGCUGAAAUCAGGUGGUUAAACGGGUAUCAAAACAUACUGUGUUUUGAGAAAUGGCGCAGAAGCGGGCAGGCAUCUAUCUUCAAGGGCUCCGCCUAGGCAGACUACUAACAUGCAUUGUGAGAAUGCCGUGUAUACCUCACGUACUGUGUACUUUAUAUCUGUACAUAUACUUUACCUUUUAUACAUACGUCUUGAUGUUGUUUGGCUCUGAGGCUCGUCGUGUCUUGUGUGUGUGUGAGUAACCUGCGUGUGUAGAGCCACGUGAAAUGUGAAUGAUUGUGGGCAGUACGACCUUUGACGGGAUCGUGGGCCUCCAGGAGGAGGGAGGACAGGCCUCUGUGGCACUGAUGCCCGACUCUUGUGUCUGUGAUACAUUCCCCGUCUGAGGACUCGGAAUGGCUGGGAUGUCCGCUAGGACAGCUACAAACACUAGGUUCUGCGUGUGUGUGUGUGUGUGUGUGUGUGUGUGUGUGUGUGUGUGUGUAAGCGACAGUAGCACACCGUUGCUGACUUGUAGAGAAAUUUUAAUAAAUCUGGUUUCGUAAA